UAGAGACAGAGGGGGAAGGGGAGGCUGGCGCACUGAGGGAUGGAUUGGAUGGAGCAGAGGAAUAAAAGCUCAUGUGUGGCAGUCAGCUGAAGACUGGCAGGAAUACAGACAGAAAGAAGAGAGGGAGAGAGAGAGAGAGUGGAGGGCACACUGGUGUUACUGGUGUUACUGGUGUUACUGGUGUUACUGGUGACGGCUUUCAGGGAGCGAGCAGAAGCCUCAGCAAGCUGUGUUUGUGAUUUUUCACCUUGGCCGUGCGUGAGGAACAGAAGGACUCCCGUGGAGGGAAAUCGCCAUCGAGCUUUGUUUUCCCUCCCUCCCUGUUCUCCUCCCUUUCUGCGCCCUCCUGCCUCCUCUGAAUGAUUGAAGCCAUGCCCGUCGUGUCUGCAAGCACAGGCCUGCAUGAGACUCUGGCCCUGCUCACCUCUCAGCUCCACCCUGAUGCAAACCAUAAAGAGGACCUGGUCUUCCUCAAAGAUGUGUUCAGUGAGAAGAGCCUUGGUUACCUCAUGAAGAUCCAUGACAAACUGAGGCAGUAUGAGAAACACAGUCCGACCCCAGUUCUGCACAGCGCCUCCUGUCUGGCAGCGGAUCUGGCAGAAGAGCUUCAGAACGGAGCGCUGGAGGACGAUGAGAGAGAACUGCUUCUCCUGCUGAGUACCCCUCACCUCAAGGCAGUGCUGUCAGCCCACGACACAGUGGCCCAAAAGAACUUUGACCCGGUGCUGCCGCCGCUGCCGGAAGAUCUGGACGAUGACCUGGAGGAGGAGUCGGUCAAGAUCGUUCGCCUGGUGAAGAACAAGGAGCCCCUGGGAGCGACUAUCCGGAGGGACGAGGCGACGGGAGCUGUAAUCGUGGCCAGAAUCAUGAGAGGAGGAGCAGCCGACCGCAGCGGGCUGGUGCAUGUUGGCGACGAGCUUCGAGAGGUCAACGGAAACCUGAUAACUCACAAAAGGCCGGAUGAAAUUAGUCAGAUCCUGUCCCAGUCACAGGGCUCCAUCACGCUGAAAAUUAUUCCAGCCGUUGCAGAAGAAGACAAGCUGAAGGAGAGCAGGGUUUACCUCCGGGCUUUGUUUGACUACACACCCUAUGAGGACAAGGCCACGCCGUGCCAAGAGGCAGGACUUCCCUUCAAAAGGGGGGACAUCCUUCAGGUUGUGAGCCAGGAGGACGCCACCUGGUGGCAGGCCAAGAGGGUGGGCGACUGCAACCUGCGCGCCGCCCUCGUCCCUUCCACACAGUUCCAGGAGAGGCGCCUGAGAUACAGGAUGAAAAUGGGCUCUUUUCCCACCCCCGUGUCCCCCAAAGCUCCUACAUAUGAUCGUGCUGAGAGAGAAGACUGUGACAGCGAGGGCGCUCUGAACGGAAAGGACGUAGUUUCUCCCAAGAGUAAGGCAGCCCCUGCCUUCUGUGGCCAUGCUUUCUCAUGGGAUUUUUACUCAGCUGGCCUGCGCAGGAGUUUCCGCCUCAGGAAAGAUCGGCAGGGGUCGCCUGGAGAGCCUCAAACUCCUGACGCCAAUCACACAGAGUUCCUGAUUUACGAAGAAGUAACACAAUAUCUGCCCCGGCCUGGUGAAAGGCCUCGACUUAUAGUACUGAUAGGUUCCCUUGGAGCUCGGAUCACUGAGCUCAAACAGAAGGUGAUCGCUGAAAACCCUCGACUUUACGGUUUGGCUGUGCCUCACACGACUCGAGCCAGGAAGUGUCACGAGAGAGAAGGAGUCGAGUACCACUUCAUCACUAAAGCAGCUUUCGAGGCCGACAUCCAAAAUGGAAAAUUCAUUGAAUACGGGGAGUAUAAAGAUAAUCUGUAUGGCACCAGUUUGGAGUCCAUUCACAGAAUUUUGGAUCAAAACAAAGUCUGCCUGGUGGAUGUGCAACCAGAGGUCCUGAAGACUCUGCGCACUGCCGAGUUCAAACCGUACAUCAUCUUUGUAAGACCUCGGAUUAACGAUCAAGAUCAAAGGAAACCACUUGGCUCCUCUUCCUCGCUUAGCUUAGGAAUCACAGAGGACGACCUACAGGAAAUGAAACAGUCUUCUGAGCGGAUGGACGAGUGCUACGGCCAUUGGGUGGACUACGUCUUGACGAAGGAAGACCCAGCCAGUGCCUUAGCUGAGCUCCAGGUCGUACUGGAGAGAAUGCAGACGGAGCCUCAGUGGGUGCCCGUGUCCUGGUUGAGGAGCUAACAUGCCUAACGGAGCUCGACUGUUUCAAAGUUGGAGGACUGAUCCAGCGUUUACUGCCGUCCUAACCAUUCCACAAAUACAGGCUUGUGAAAAUUGGCUAAGUCAGUAUCAUAAAACAUCUGCAAGGACUGAAAGCUGUUCCUUUCCCCAUCAGUCUGAACUUUAGGUUCUUCAGUGUACAAAGGCAGUAUAACAGCUCUGAUGGGCAUGUAUACAUGCAUGUAGGACAGCGUUCCUAAAGCAAGCCGUAGUUAAAGAUCUGCACCCCGUAUGAUCAGUUACGUGAGAUGUUUACUGUAAUAGCAGCUAAAAUGUUUAGUGCCAUAUCCAGCAUCCAUAACUGUGAAGAUCUGCUCACGCUGGAGAUGUACUUAUGUUACCGUUACCUGAAAGUCUGAAUUAAAUCAGAAAAACAA